ACCGCCCCGGCCUGGAAGCAGCGCUCUCGGAAUUGACCCCGGAGGCCGACGUGCCGGUUGUGUUUGUGAAACAGAGAAAGAUAGGCGGCCAUGGCUCGAUCCUGAAGGCUUACCAGGAGGGCAGACUUCAAAAGCUACUAAAAAUGAAUGACUCUGAGGACCUUCCUGAGUCCUAUGACUAUGACCUUGUCAUCAUUGGAGGCGGCUCAGGAGGACUGGCAGCUGCUAAGGAGGCAGCCAAAUAUGACAAGAAGGUGAUGGUCCUGGAUUUCGUCACUCCCACCCCUCUUGGAACUAGAUGGGGUCUUGGAGGAACAUGUGUGAAUGUGGGCUGCAUACCUAAAAAACUGAUGCACCAAGCAGCUUUGUUAGGGCAAGCCUUACGAGACUCCAGAAACUACGGAUGGGAAGUUGAGGAGACAGUUAAACAUGAUUGGGAAAAAAUGACAGAAGCUGUACAGAAUCACAUUGGCUCUCUGAACUGGGGCUACCGAGUUGCUCUGCGGGAGAAAAAGGUGGUCUAUGAGAAUGCCUAUGGGCAAUUUAUUGGUCCUCAUAGGAUUAAGGCAACAAACAAUAAAGGCAAAGAAAAAAUCUAUUCAGCAGAGAGAUUUCUUAUUGCCACUGGUGAAAGGCCACGUUACUUGGGCAUCCCUGGCGACAAGGAAUACUGCAUCAGCAGUGAUGAUCUUUUCUCCUUACCUUACUGCCCGGGUAAGACCCUGGUGGUUGGAGCAUCCUAUGUCGCUUUGGAAUGUGCUGGAUUUCUUGCUGGUAUUGGUUUAGAUGUCACUGUUAUGGUACGGUCCAUUCUUCUUAGAGGAUUUGACCAGGACAUGGCCAACAAAAUUGGUGAACAUAUGGAAGAACAUGGUGUCAAGUUUAUAAGACAAUUUGUACCAAUCAAAGUAAGUAGGGUUGCCUGUAGGUUUGUUGAUUCUAUACUAAUGUUAAAAGGCAAGAAGAGAGUUGUGUUGAUGGUAGCAGCAUCCUUUUCAGCAUUGUAAACCGUCAGGAAUGCUAUAAAUGAAAAGACUGGAAAAAUACCAGUCACAGAUGAAGAGCAGACCAAUGUGCCUUAUAUCUAUGCCAUUGGCGAUGUAUUGGAGGAUAAGCUGGAGCUCACCCCAGUAGCGAUCCAGGCAGGAAGACUGCUGGCUCAGAGGCUUUAUGCAGGUUCCACUGUCAAGGUGAGUAUUGAACAAAUUGAAGCGGGGACACCAGGCCGACUCAGGGUGGUAGCUCAGUCCACCAAUAGUGAGGAAACCAUCGAAGGAGAAUAUAACACGGUUUACCAUAGUUACUUUUGGCCGUUGGAAUGGACAGUUCCAUCAAGAGAUAACAACAAAUGUUAUGCAAAAGUAGUCUGUAAUAUUAAAGACAAUGAACGUGUUGUGGGAUUUCACGUACUGGGUCCAAAUGCUGGAGAAGUUACACAAGGCUUUGCAGCCGCACUCAAAUGUGGACUGACCAAAAAACAGCUGGACAACACAAUCGGAAUCCACCCCGUCUGUGCAGAGGUCUUCACAACACUGUCCGUGACCAAGCGCUCUGGGGGAAGCAUCCUCCAGACUGGCUGCUGAGGUUAAGUCCCAGUGUGGAUGCUGUUGCCAAGACUCCAAACCACUGAUAUGUUUCCUUGCCCAAUCCAAGGCAAAGUUUUCAGGAAGGUUCUUGGGCUCCUGGCACUUGUGUCUUGUGCCUGCCACCAUCCAAGGCCCCCUUGGAUCUCAUGGUUAGGAAUCAGUGAAUGAAAGGCAGGCAGCAUCACACUGGGGUCGCUCUGACGGACUCGAAACUGACAUCAGGCAGUGCAUCGAAGGGAUGCGUCCAUGAAGUCACCAGCCUCAAGCCUGUAUGUAUGGUGGGCAGUGACGGAACAGCUGUCGGAUCAGUUUUAGCAUGACCUUUCCUUUGUUGGUUUUCUUAUUCCCAUUGUCAAGUUUUCUAACGUUGUUUGUUUUUUCUUUUUUUCUCCAUGAUGUUAAUGAUGUUAGAGAUGAAAA